AUGCCCCAUGUGGGCAUUGUGUUGCUUCUGCUUCGUCUCUACUCUGCAUUCAACAGUAGAGACCCAAUUCCCUACUUCAUGUCUCUCCUUUACCUCACCUGGGUUCUUGCAGAUUCAGAAAUUCUGCGGUUGUUAAACUAUGUGAUAGAAAAGCUGUGGCCUGUAUGCAUGGAAGAAUAUGCAUCAAAGAAGAUUUUCCAACCAACCGUUGAUUGGAUCCUGGAGAAACAUAAAGAAUCAACUUUGAAGAAAGCCCUGGUUCAGUGCCUGUGCCUGGGAAGUAAUCCACCUACGUUUACUGAAGUCCAUGUUUUCCGUAAUUCACAUGAGAAUGAGGGCUGGGUUAUAGAGGUGGGGAUAAAUUUUUGUGCAGUUGAUCAUAUGCGCUCCAUACUUGCUAUCAAACUGCGGGAUAGAUUGGGACGAGGAAUGUGGGUGAAGCUGGAUAUGAAAAAUUUGUACGUUGAUGGGAAGGUCUUAAUCAUGGUGAAUUUUCUCAAUCACUGGCCUUUUGUACGCCGCGUUCAAGUAUGCUUUGUCGAGCCACCGCAUUUCAGCAUGGCUGUAAAACCUCUCUUUACUUUUGGGCUUGAUGUUAUGGAACCUCCUGUCAUUGUUGUGUGGCUGGAUAAGCUUCUGUCCAUUGCAUUGAAGAAGAUGCUUGUAUGGCCCAGCGCUCUAAUGUUCGAUAUGGAGAAAUAUGCUUCAACAUGCCCAGAAAGUUGCUUCUCCUUGAAUGCAGAGGAGCCUGAUGCUUGUGUUAAAGUUGGAGCAAUUACAACCUCUGGGUUAAAACCACCAUGGUUUCUUGUUGACUGGUAUGUAAAAGUUAGACUGGGUAAUUGUUUAUUCAGGAGCAGCACACAGAAGACACAAUCUCCUAGUUGGGACGAAGAAAUCAGGAUACCUGUCACAUGGGAGUUGCGUGAUAAGAUAAGAGUUGAAGUCUGCUACAAGGGCUUCUUAUUCGACAAGACUUACGGAUGGAGUUCUUUAUGUAUAAAUGCUGUUAGAGAUGGGAGAACACAUCCCAGGCAGUUGCGUCUUAGUAACAAAGAAAGACAGUAUUUGCAUCUUUCAGUAACUGUGCUUGAAAGCAAUGUACCGGCUCUAUCUGCUGUUCCUUAA